AUAAUGUCCUAACCCCAAAAUUUCAUCAAAACGUAUCAUUCGAAAAAAAGGAAAAAUAAAAUCUCGCAUGUCCUCGUACCUUGCAUGAUAUUGGUUGUGCUGCCAAUUCUCCUCAUUACAUUUGACAAAAUCAAAUCACCUUUCCUUAAAACACAAAACUCCCUCUUCCCAAUCACUACCUCCUCACUCCGUGCUACAUUUUUCAUAACACAACCACACACAUUCAUAAUUAAACACCAUAUCUCAUCACAUACAUGCAACAGCACAAAGGAAAAGGAAUAAAAAGGUACUAACAAGGAGGCUUAAAAAAAAUGAAGAACCGUUAUUUGGUGCCGGAGAGACGGUGGUUCGUGGGUCUGGCCGUCGUGGGGUUGAUCGGCGCGGUGCUAUUCCUCAGCAACGCGAUCCGAACCUCGGAAACCUCGUACGUGUGUCCGGGGGCGCUCGGGAUCCGAAGCAAGACCCGAACCGAAUUCAGUUACGACGCGUCACCGAUCCAGCUCCGCGCGAUUAUGCACUACGCGACCUCGCGCGUGGUUCCGCAACAAUCGGUGUCGGAGAUCAAGAUCAGUCUGGACGUCAUUAAAUCACUGGGCCGGCCCAUCAACUUCCUCGUCUUCGGGCUGGGCCACGACUCCCUCAUGUGGGCCUCGUUCAACCCGGGCGGCACCACGGUGUUCCUCGAAGAAGAUCCAAAGUGGGUCCACUCGAUCCUUAAAGACGCGCCUGGCCUGCGGGCCCACACGGUGCGUUACCGCACGCAGCUACGCGACGCCAAGGGGCUUAUCACCUCGUACCGCUCCGAACCUUCGUGUUCUCCCACGAAGGCGUACCUGCGAGGCAACGAAGCGUGCAAGCUGGCGCUGGAGAAUUUGCCCGACGAGGUUUACGAGACCGAGUGGGACAUGAUCAUGAUCGACGCGCCGAAGGGGUAUUUCGCGGAGGCGCCGGGGAGGAUGGCGGCGGUGUUCUCCGCCGCGGUGAUGGCGAGGAACAGGAAGGGAUCCGGUGUGACGCACGUGUUUUUGCAUGACGUGGAUCGGAAGGUGGAGAAGGUGUACGCCGAAGAGUUUCUCUGUAAAAAGAACUUGGUCAAGGGUGUUGGAAGGCUUUGGCACUUCGAGAUACCUCCUUCUAACGACACACGUGCUUCUCGUUUCUGCUAGAAUCUUGUUCAUCUUCGCUCACAAUUACUACGAUUCUUCAUCAUUUUUGUUUCUUUCUUCACUUGGUACGUUAUGAUUCAAAAUCAUGUGGUGUGGCACGCACAGGAACAGUAUUUCAGAUACUAUAUUAUAUAUAUUUACUCUCUUUUUUUAUAUAUAUAUUUUAAUUUAAUUACCAUA